GAGACACCCGAGACUAGACACGCUACGGACGCGGGCAGCGAGAAGCGGAGAGCGAGAGGAGGAGAGGCGGCGCGAGGAGCGGAGGGAGGCGGCAGAAGGCGAAGGCGAAGCCGCCAGAGGCAGCAGCGGCGGCCGGAGGAGAAGAGGCGAGAGGCGACGAGCGAGUCCGGGACGCUCUGCCGCUCGCUCGGGACCUGAGAAGAAGAAGAAGGAGAGGAGGCGGAGGAGGCGACGACGAUUUCUCGCCCGCGCGCGCGCGCCUUUUCCCCCCCUUCUGAGUGGGAGACGAGCCCAGAGCCCGACGCCGAGCCGGAGCGCAGCUCAGCGCAGCUUCUCACUCCCAAGCAGGCAUGGACAUGAUGCCUCUGGUCCAGGGCGCUUGUUGCUCCAACCAGUGGCUGGCCGCGCUGCUGCUGAGCCUCUGCUGCCUGCUGCCCUCCUGCCUGCCCGCCGGGCAAAGUGUGGACUUCCCCGGGACGGCCGUGGACAACCUGGUGGUCAGGAAAGGCGAGACGGCGGUGCUGAGGUGUUACUUGGAAGAUGGAGCUUCAAAAGGUGCCUGGCUGAACCGAUCAAGUAUUAUUUUUGCAGGAGGAGACAAGUGGUCAGUAGAUCCUCGAGUUUCAAUUGCAACAGCAAACAAAAAGGAGUACAGCCUCCAGAUACAGAAUGUGGAUGUCUCAGAUGAUGGUCCCUAUACUUGUUCGGUGCAGACUCAACACACGCCGAGGACAAUGCAGGUGUACUUAACAGUAAAAGUUUCUCCAAAGAUAAGUCAUAUCUCAAAUGACAUUGUGGUGAAUGAAGGAAGUAACGUCACACUGGCCUGCUUGGCUACAGGGAAGCCAGACCCUUCCAUUUCUUGGAGACAUAUUUCUCCAUCAGCCAAACCAUUUGAAAGUGGACAGUAUUUGGACAUCUAUGGAAUUACAAGAGACCAAGCUGGGGAAUAUGAAUGUAGUGCUGAAAACGACGUCUCAGUCCCAGAUGUGAAAAAAGUAAAAGUCACAGUAAACUUUGCCCCAACAAUUCAGGAAAUAAAAUCGAGUGGAGUGACGCUUGGAGGGAGUGGAUUCAUAAGAUGCGAAAGUGCAGGUGUUCCUUCCCCCGCUUUUGAAUGGUUCAGAGGCGAAAGGAAACUGAUCAAUGGACAACAAGGGAUUACCAUUAAAAGCUAUAGUUCAAGAUCAUUUUUAAAUUUCAACAACGUGACGGAGGAGCAUUUUGGAAACUACACAUGUGUCGCUGCCAACAAACUAGGCACAACCAAUGCCAGCCUGCUUCUUAACCCUCCAAGUACAACCCAGCUUGGGAUCACUGGGGGUGCUGAAGUUCUAUUAUCCUGCUGGUUCCUUGUGUUGACACUGUCCUCUUACACCAGCUUAAUGUACCUGAAGAACAUCGUUCUACAAUAAAUGUAAAGAACCAUGAAUGGCUUUUAAGGAUUCUUUGAAAGUGCUGAUGACUGGAUCCAAUCUGGUAGAGUUUGUUAAAAAAACGGCGUGGGAUAUAAUCAGCAGUGCUUAUGUGGGGAUGAUCGCCUUCUGUAGAAUUGCUCAUUAUGUAAAUACUUUAAUUCUACUCUCUUUUUUAUUAGCUGCAUUACCUUGUGAAGAAGUACACAUUGUCCUUUUUCUUCUUUUUUUUUAAAAAAAAGACGUGAGAGCUCUGAAAUUACUUUUAGAGGAUAUUAAUUGUGAGUUCAUGUUUGUAAUCUAUAACUUUUCAAAAAAAACAUUCAGUCAUGGUCUGCAGAUUUACAGACUGUAGUUUACAUAAAAAGAACCCAAAUAUUGCAGUUUAAAAAAAUGUGAUCUUUAAGGCUGCAAUACAAACAUCCAUUUCCCUCUUUAAAUAAGAGUUUAUCUUCAUUUACACAGAUUUUUUUUUACAAAAAAGCUAAAUAUUGCCUUUGAUUCAUUUCUUCAAAAUUAGAUCACAUACCUAGAUUUUCUUCUAGCAUGAUACUCAGAUUUCAAGAAUGAGCCUUGUGAUAUGACUGCACUGUGCAGUUAUGCUUUGAUUUUGAUUUUCCUGUCAGUUCAGCAUGGGUGUGCCUUCAUAAGAUACUGCUUUUCGCUUCCUCACCAACAAAUGGGAGGGGAAUUUCUCAAUUUUAUUUUUUGUAGAUGCUUAGCUCAAGGGUACCGAAUCUUUUCUUAAGGACAAAAGGUGCUAUUGGCUGUAAAAUGAACCACCAUUGGGGUAAAGGAACUACUCCAAACAUUGAGCACAGCAGAAAAAGUAAUAGCUGGUACAUUUUCAAAGCAUAUUCCAAACCUGUACAAAGCAGAAGAUAUCUCUCAGAGACUCUUUUGUGAAUGUAACAUUUCCUUUGUUCAUUCAAAGUCAGAAUUUUUAUAAGGCUGCAGAGAAAAUGACCAUCCCUUUAUUUUAUUGUAUUUUUAUAAUUAGUGAUAAGUUCUACAUAUCAGUAUUGUUCUUCCUAUUGAAUUUAUACUGUACAGUAUCCGGUUGGUUGGCUUAUAGAACAUAGUGCUUAGGUCUGGAAAAUCUAUAGAAGGGUUAGAAUUUUGAUCAUACACACAUGCUCUAAAACACACAUGUUCAUGCACACAAAUAACAACAAUAAUUUGAAUGCUACAUAAGACAGAUGAUAACAUAUCAGUGCCAUUUUUUAAAAAAGACCACCGAUUUGCAAAAAUAUACCAGUGUUUUCUCCCUUCACAAACAUUUGGCUGAAGAAUUUCCCCAAAUGCCUGUUGUGGCUCUAUUCCACAUGUCAGCCACAUCUCUACAUGUUGUAAAUGUUAUGUUAAACUUCUUUCAUGCUGCACAAUCUGCAAAAGCAUAUGGAUAUAACUUUUAAAAUGUCCUAUAUCCUCCUCAUUCAUAGUUUAUCUUACAUGCAACAUUAGAAAUCAGAAUGAAUGUACACACACACACACACACACACACACACACACACACACUGCACAUUUAUUUGCCAAAAUGCCAUUAACGUUGUUCUCUUGUUAGCAUAACCAUUGCAUUUUUCUCUUCUGAAAGGACUUCUAAUGCCCUGGUUCCUACAAGUCCUGAUUCCAUGAAAGCUGACAUUGAAAAUAAUCCCCACAUAAAACUUUAGUGAAAUAAACAUAGUUAAUAAAGGUUCAUCUUUGAAAACCGAAGAAAAAUAAGCAAUUUGAUAGCUGAUACUCUGUAUCCACUGCAUAUUGCACUUCCAAUUAACAAAGGGAUAAGAAAAAUGACACCUGAAAAAGCAGGGAAUCUGUACAAAUUUUGCUCUAGUGUGAAAUAAGUGCAAAGACUUUCGUUUGAAUUCACAAGAAAAAAUAGUGAGAAAUUGCUCCUUGCUACUUAAUAGAAGAUUCAUUUGUUUUCAUCAGUUCAGGAUGUGAGUUAACAGUUUGCCUCUUUAAUUGAAGUUGCUAAGAUCUAUACUACAAAGUGCAAUAACUAACUGAUGAUGUUACAUAAACUGUUGUAUCUCAGAAUGAGUUUGUGUAGGCAUCAAAGCUUAAAAGGGGAAUUUACCGACGACCCAGCUAACCACAGUGGUUUUAAUUCAAGUAAACUGACUGUUGAAUAAAGCACCGUGGUAUAUUAAAUAAUUACAUCACCUAUUUUAACCCUAUGAAACAUGGAGGAAGGAGAACGUUAUUGACUACAUAGUAACAGUUCGCUUUUAAUAUCGCCAUCAUAAAACGUUCAACCAGGCCUGUUCUCAAAGCUCUGACAUUAUUGUUGCUAGCUGGAGAUUCGACACAAUUAUUUUACACAUAAACCACUUCUAAGACCUACAUUAUGAAUUUAUUUAGCUCCUUUAUUAGCUCCUGUUCUUCAUGAAUAGAAUGUCGACGCAUUAGAAAUAGUACAGCUCUUUAGAAUUAGUAAUAAAGUGCUAUAUUAAGAGUGUUAGGUGACAGAACCAUAAUAUAUCAUGCAGUUUGUAUUGAAGGAGAAAAUACUUUCGUCUCAUAUCAUGCGCUGUGGACCUACUGGUGUUGCGCUAUGGCACUUUUAAAUGGAAAUGUUUGACUGGACUGGUGCAAUAUCCCAACAUUUGGGGUGACUAGACAUUCAAAUUUGUUAGGAUGGCAGGAAGCAUUGGUAAAUUGCAAGGGCUGUUUUUCAGCAUCUUUGUAACAAAGCAAUGAGAGCUUGUUCAGCUGUCUCCUGUGGUAUCCUACAAAGAUGCAGAGAACAAGAAGUGCGAGUUGGGUGCACACCCUGUUCCUCCAAGUUGGACUGACUGAAGCCACCCUCUGUAUUCCCUCUUGUAUUGCAGCUUUAAAGUUCUAGAAUCCAUUCAACAGGUUGAAAGAGCAAGGGUGGCAGAAGCUAUUAUCUCUGCCAGUGCUCUCUUAGGGAAUAAGAAACAAGUCAAAGGUAUGUCAGAAACCAAGCAUAUCCACCAUUGUUUCCCACAGGCACAACCAUAGCUGUUUUAAUAUCAUUUUUGCUCAUCCAAACUCUAUAGUCAAGUUAACUGCCUUCACGAUCCUCCCCCAGCACAUGGAGUCUGAUGAUUCCUGCAGCAAAACAGGGUGACAUUUUAUUUUUUAUUGUUGAACAUGAUAAUACCUAAUGAAAGGGAUUAGUAAUGUUUUUCGUUUGUGUGGGAGCAGUUGGAACGCAUUAUUAGCCCAGUGUUCAAACCAGCCUCUGAAUUUUCAUUUGCAGUUGCUGGGUGUGAUUACUUUAUAAAUGCAAAAUACCGUAGUUGUAGAAGAAAACUUUGUGCAAACCUCUCCCUGCUUCUUCAGGAGGGAGGAGAUCGUAAGAACAAAGCAGGGGCUGAAUCUUUAAAAGUACAUACUGUGAUACUGGGACCAGCUCAGUAAGUGCUUUCAAGAUUAGUCCCAUAGAGGCUCCUUUUGAAACCAUGGUCAGCCAAGGGCCUAAUUCUGUCAAGACAGACACAUGCAUACAGUUUGCACUGAACAGUCCCAAUAAUAUUAUUUAAAAAAUAGCAUGUGCCUGUGUGUUUAUAGGAUUACUCCCUAAUGAAAGUUCCAUACUUCUUUGGUAAAUCUUUUCUUCUAUAUGUUCAUUGUACAAUUUGGGAUUUAUUGGGACUUGAUGUGGAUUGUGUUGAUUGUCGCAAAUUACAAUAACAUUUUACAGAGUUUAUUAGUCCUUAAACUGUGGGGUAUGUUUGCUUUCUUCUAUUUCUUACAUGAUAAUCUGUGAUCAUCUAGUUGAUAUCAUCGCUGUUCAUAUUUUUAAUCAACCACAAUUAUAUUUCUCCCAGUCAUGAAAAAAAUAUGAAAAAUAAAUGGAUUAGCUCCAAGUGAUACAAAUGAGGACUUAUUAUGCAUAAAUUGUCCAAAGUGUUGAAUAGUUAUGAUUGUGACAAUCUGUUUGGCAAAUCGGGACGCUUAACCACGAUUGUGCUGUUGCCAGGUGCAAAAUAUAAGGUGCAAAAUAAUUGCGAAAUAAGGUGCAAUUACUGUGGUGCAGGUAGUGAUGCUAACUGAAGUAAGGGUUGUCUCAAUAUACAUAACUUGAUGGGUGGUUUAAAAGAGAUUAGCUGGGAAGAUAACUAUUCAAAAUUCAGUUGAAGUAGAUAGGAUUUUCUUUUCUUCACUCUUGUUUAAAAUUACAUUCUGUUUCAGAUCCAGAAGUGUUAAUAACCACAACUAAACCUGGGGUGAUUUUUUUAUUUUAUUUUUUGCACCUUUUCAGAAUCAAUGCUCAACAUUAUGCUGACCAAAAUACCCAUCUACCCCACACAACUGUGUGCACUUAAGAAUGUGUAUACCAAAAUAUGUAUUUAAAUGGAUAAAUAAUAUGCCUUAACGCCUCAGUAUGCACUUACUUUUAGGGACUGGAUCACCCUCUUCCAGUCUGAGGAAAAUAGUCCAUAUUCCAUAACUUGCCGUGAAAGAGUUUUGUUUUUGAAAAGUCAUUUUAUCCCAAAAAGGUCAUUCAACACUUUCACCAAUUAGACUGUGUCAGAAAUUCAAAGCCAUGGUGAAACUCUAACCAGAGAUUGUAGGUGGGCACAGUAAUAUUUUCUAAGGGAACUAUUAAUGUUGCAAUCUAGAUCCUUUUAAAUCUGUUGGCAUUUUGCCACCAGUGACAGGUUACCAUAACCUGGGGGUUAUGGUAACCUUCAUGAAACUUUCACACUGUUGAUUCUUGCUAGUAGAUAAUCAUAUGGUAUAGACCCGGCCUGCACAAAAUGUGACUCAUCAAGGUGAAUGUAGCCCACCAACCAUGUAUUAUGGCAACUUACCAGGAGCUUCCAACAAGUUUACCUGUUGAGAACUAUGAAAAUGGGGCUACCUGGUAGACCAUGAUACAUAGGUGAUGAUGGGCUGUGUUUGGCUUGUUGUUCCAACCUGGUGCACGCCAUAGUGGGAUAUAUCCUGUAGUUAUAAUUAAAGUACUGUGAGUAUAGAACUAAUGAAAAUCUAUUUCCAUUUUAUUUAUAAAGAGUUCAUUGAUGAUUUACUCUGUGCACAAAUUAAAUGCAGUUUGCUCUCUUCUUCCUAAGCGAGAUUUCCAUCUUUGGUCCUUCUAGCUUUUCCAAGGAUCACAGUCUUCUUCUGGCCUGCCCAAUAGAGAGUGCCUCUGCUUCAAAGCAAAUGAGUCCCUCUUUGCAAUAUGGCUGAGGAAACUGUAGCUGGAUCAAUGAGCCAGUCAAAGGAUUAGCGAAAGAAAUGGAAGUUUGAGGGAGGUAGUAAAGGGUAAUAGCUGUUCAAGGCAGAUGCAUGCUUGUGAAAUUGUGUGUGCCAUAUUACUGAAACAUCUGUAGAACGUGGUAAAUAGUUUUUGAAAAGUAGCAUGUGCUUUCUAGAUCAUUGUGAUGGUUUAGAAAAGCAAAGCAGGAAACUAGAUUUUAUCUCAGGCAUCUUACAUGCAAGGUUUUGCCUGCUUAGUACACCUCUUGACUGUGAGUGUGACAGAUUCAUUGUCAUGCUAGCUGACUUGCAUUCUGUAGCCUAAUCACAGAACACACUAGCUGAAAGUUACUAAGGUAACUAACAGCACAAGCCUAUCUGUGUCUACUCAGAUGGAAGCCCUGUUGAGUUCAAUCGGACUUACUUCCAUGUAGGGAUGGAAGGGUCUGUCCAUUUCAGUUCUCUUAGAUUCUCAUUUUUCCCAUCUUAAAUCCAGUUCUCCACAUUUCUGCAGCAAUUUGUUUGUUUUUUCAAAUCCUCAUGAAAAUUUUUCACAAUAAGCACAUUUCUGUCUGCAGUUUUGACUAAUGUACACAUUUUUACAAACAACCUAUCAUAAUACAGUGUAUUAGAUUUUUGUAUGUUAUUUCAGAAAUGUAUUAUUUUGUAUACACAUUUCCUCCUAAUAGAUGCAGGUGUUUGUUUGUUUGUUUUUUGUUAAUUCUGUUUAGAGAACUGGAUCCCAAAACUUGUAAAAGAACAAGUUUUGAAUAUUGCCUGUGUUUUGGUUCUCAUAGUUUUUGGAAAGCGCAAAUAUUCUAAAUUUAAAUGUGAAUUGAAUCUAAUUCCUCCUCCAUCCAUACUCCCAGGUAAGUAUGUGUUAAGAUUACAGCCUAAAAUAUAAAAACUACUCCAUUUCACUCAUUAAGGUCAACCAACUAGUUCCUUCCAGGUUCUGUGAAAGAUAUUUUGCUUUCUGGAGAAUGUUUGCAUCUGCAAACAUUUCAGUCUUCUUUCUUUCUCGUUUUCCUCUCCUAAGGAAAGCCACUCUUUUCACUGACUAAAUGUCACCCUAACCCAGGUCUUUGUGAAGAUCUCCCAGGAAGUAAGUCCUCCUAGGAAGGGUCUUUCCCUUCCACAACCCCCCAUUUUUUAUGUUAAGGCAAAGUGCUGUAACUGACAUUUGAUGCCAUUUCACUUUGGCCAGGAUCAGAAAAUCCACUCUGCUCAUGAUAUACAUCAGUGGUGGGCAAGGUUUACCUCGGCUGGGCCAGUUCACUCCUGCAGAGAUCGCUCUGUGGACCGGAUCACAUCUGCACAGACGUGAUUUCCUAUGUCUGCGUUUACGCAGACGCAAUUUCCGGCACCAUGGAAGUGAGUCCCCGUUCCGCGCUGGUUUAGCGCAGCAUUGGGGAACUCCCCGAGUGGAUGGCUCAGUUCAGGGGCAGCUCGUGGGCUUUUAAAAUGACCACCGUGGGCCGCUUGUGGCCCAUGGGCCGCAGGUUGCCGACCCUGAUAUACAUUAAAGGGUGAUGUUGAUGUGUGUUUCUCAAAGGAAUGCUCCCCCUUAUCCAGCAUGACAACAGACUUUGAAACAGGGAGACACUGCAGAAGCCAUUUGUGAUACAGCAUUAGGAUCAAUCAUUCAAAGAUUUUUUUUCUCCCCAGAAGGGGAAAGCUACAGGGUUUAUCUUUGCAUUCUGAAACUGUUAACAGACAGGGCAGUAAGGGAGAAUACAAGGAUGUGCUGCCUUGCAGCUAUACGGAAGACCUCCCAGAACUGUUAGGCUAAGAAAACACAAUAGCCACGAAUUUAAUAUUUUGAUUACUUCAUCUUGCCAGCACAAAUACCAGUUCUGGGUGUAAAGGGCGUAAAAUGCAGCACAUUUUGGAAAGCUAUAAAUACUUGAACUGCCUUGCAUGCCUCAUUGAGAUCAUGAGGCAUAAUACAAUUUUUUAAAAAAACAAACCUGGAUUUUGUUUUACUUUCUUCCCUGCCUCACUGACCAGCAGUAUCUCUCCAAGAUUUCAGUUACAGGCUGUUUCCAGCCCUACCUAGAGAUGCCAAGGAUUGAACCUGGAAUGUUCUGCAUGUAAAACGCAAGGUCUAUCACUGAAAUACAGCCCUCUCCUGUGCUUGUCCAUAUACAAUUUUGUUUACACUGAGGGAAAAAUACCGUACUUCAUUUUCAGUUUGAUUGCUUUUAAGUCUUAUUCAUUAUUACACAUGAAUAAAAGCAUUAAGUGCACUUUAACUGGGUUUGUUCCUGUUGACAAUUUAAUCCCUUUCCUCCUCCUCUCUUAAAUAUUUGAAGGAAAGCGGGAAAUUUAUGCCGCCUCCUGGACAGACCUAAAAAUAGUCCAGUUGAGACAAUGUUAACAAGCAGAGCAGGAAAAAAAUAUAUACUGUAUUGAGGAGAUUCUGAACAAGAACUGUUCUUCUGAAAACUAAUUUCUGUUUGGGUGUGUGGGGUUUUCCUUCCAGCCAUUCAUUUUUUUGGCGCUAAGCACUGAAUCAUUUCAUUUCAUUUCCCCUAACCCUUCGGUCUUAACUUCCCGUGUAACUACUGUAUCUGGGGUCUCAGCUAGACUGGUAAGGAAAAGGCAGAUUUGUAUGUGUUAUAACAUUGUGCCACCAGAGGGCGAUGUGGAGCCCGUUUUUUCUCUACCCGUUUUCCCUGUUUAAAUUUACAACGCUUUAAACUGAAACGCUUUUUUGAUGUGUCUAGAUCCAGCCCAGGUUUCUUCCUCUCUGCAAAAAUAUCUAUCAGCCCUUGGCUUUCGAAAGCCGGAGAAUAACUCCAAGUGAACACAGCUUGCAAUAAAUGAGGUUUUAAAAUACAUUGCAAAUGUCAGAUUUGUCAUCCGUAGCAGGGGCAUUAACGGAAGCUACAUUCUUUUAACCUAUGGUUUUUGGGAUGACUUUCUCUGCUUUAUUAUACCUGCUUCACACCUCACUGUAGCACAAGGUGGCAGAUCAGAGUAUAAGAUCGACCUGAUAAAGACUCUCCUUGUCUGCCAAUAUACUAAUUUGAUGAACAGAAAUAGCAGUACAACGCUGCAAUCAUACCCCUCUUUGUCUGCUGUUCUGCAAUGAUUUUUCCCAAUCAACAAAUGGUAUACCUUUGGAAAUCCCUCUACAUUUCCUUCAGCCACAGAAAGUAGCACUGGGUCUGACACACUAGAAACUGGCUCUGUAUAUGAAUGUUCGCUAAUUUCUUCCCAUAAUAACUAUAGGCACAAUUUCACUAAAAGCUAAGUACCAGUACUUUUUAAAGUUCAUUUAUUUCAAUGGUAGAAUUAAGCACAAACUUAAAUCUCACUUAUUGAAAACAAUGGGCUUGUUAAAAGGGCUUAACUUUGACUGUGCAAGAGGACGACUUUGUAUAAUACAUGCCAAAAGAUAUUUAACAAGAACCAGAAUAAUCUUUAUUCUAACCAUGCACAAUAAUAACAUAUUUCGCUCUCCAAGCUACUGCAUUUAUAACAGAGCUCCCUCUGACCUUUUGAAAAAAGCCUUAGAAGAAGCCCUAGAGAUCUGUAAUACCACAUACUUUGAUUUCCUCUAUUUGUUUCCCAUCUUGAGGGAAAAUUGGACAAUUUUUGCAUGCAUGUACACACACACACACUUAUUAUUAUUAUUAUAUUAUUAUUAUUAUUAUUAUUAUUAUUAUGUUUUUAACCAAAGCUUAAUUUAGCCUGGAAUUUCCAAGUCUUCUAGAUGUACUUAACAUUUGUCGCUUUCUUCAGAUGUUACUUACUGUAGUGAACCAUCAUCUGCUUAAAACCAAAGGUGUGAGGGGAAGACAUUUCAGGAACCCACCAUGAAAAGCUGACUUCACUGACUGGCCUGUUCUUCUUACACUUCAUGCUAAUGAGACAGUUCCAAUUUCAAGUUGGGAAGAACCACAGGAGGUAACAUGCUUCAUUAGGCUGUAAAAUGUAAGUAGGACUGGGUGUUUUCCCCUUCCUAAUUUAAUCAGAAAUUGCUAAAAACCAUUGGGUUGUUCCUCCAGUGGAACUCCGAUUUUGCAUUUUUCUUCGUUAAUUUUGACCUUCUGACAUGUACUUUUUCACACACAAAAAGAGUUAGCUUUAGGAGCAGGGGGAAUCUGUAAGAACCUUUGCUUCCUCACAGCAAAUUAGAAUUAACAUGUGAUGCUGCUAAUGUUACAUAUGGUUCAUUUUUGUGUGACUCCUGAUCAUUGGCUAAAAUUUGGGAAAGGUACAGUUACCCUAAUCACAGUAGCAUGAGUCCACUGUAUCUGUGCCAAAGUGGUGUAACAUUCUAGACACAGGCCAUGAUUCAGAAAUGCUUUUCUGGACAUAUUAGACAUUUUAAUUGUAACAUGCACACUGCUGAAAAAAAACAAACUGUAUUUUAAACUUCCCCACAUCUAAAGUGUGAUGUGCAGUGUGAUGUGCUGCACGUCAACAAAACCUAUUCAAACCAGAAUUAUGGGUAGGGCAAUGCCUCAGUGGUAGAUCACAUGAUCCAGAUAGCAAAGAUACCUGGUUCAGUCCCUGGCAUCUCCAGGUCAAACAAUCAUGUAAGGUGGUGUAAAAGCUUUCCACCUGAGACCUUGGGGAGCUGUUGCCUGUCAAAGUAGACCUUACUGGGCUAGGUAAAUGAAGAGCGGUCUGGUUUAAGGCACCCUCCUAUGGAUUCCUCACUAUAAAGGCUGCUUCCCUUUUUACAUUUGCCCCCAUGGGCAUAUACUGCAGAGAGCCAUAGCCAAUCAGAAGCUCCCUGUGAUAUUUGCACCUGUGAUCAAAGAACAGCAACACCGAGAUAUUUUAGCUUGCAUAGUAGGGGUAUGUGCUAAAUUGGAAGAAUAUAAAGUAGUCCAACUGCCAUAAUGACUACAUAAGGGUGCCAAAAUGUUAUUAUAGCAUUAACAACAACAAAAACCAUAUAAUAUCUAAGACAUAUCUGUUCAUUUGGCGUUUUUGGUCCUCAUACACAACAGAAAAUGCAAGCAGCAUUAUGCACACUUUGUGUCCCAACACACUGCCUAACAACCACUUGAGCAAUGACCUGCGGAAAAUGUGGUCAAUAGCUCUCGGAGAGAUAUUCCUUUAGAAACCCAGUGCCUCUGAUUUUAAGCUGCUUUAGCCAGUGUCUGUCAAAAAAAGUCUCUCAUUCCUCUCGGUGAUCUGGAAAAUAAGCUUGCAAGUCAACCAUGUAGAGUUUAGAAUUUAAACACACACACAUACAUACACACACACACACACACACACACACACACACACACAAACCGCCACCACUAAACAUAGCUGACAGAGUCAUCUGAAGAUUUCUUCAGCGAUAUUUGCAUAAGCAGCAUCUUUUGACAGAGUUAAUCAAGCAGACACAUGUCUGAACCACAGGAAACUGUGGUGCAGGGGUUUUUUUUCCAACAAACGUAACUGCACUAGAGGAAUACUCAUGAGAAGGUGCCUUAAUAGCGAGCUCAUUGUUCCCUCUAACUCAUUACUUGUCUAUAUUGACUAGCUGCAGCACUCCAGUGUUUCCAGAAGGAAUCUUUUUGAACCCUACCUAGAGAUACAAAAGAUCAAACCUGAGACCUUCUGCAGCCAUGAUCUAUCAGCGAGCGAGAAAAUAUAUGUGGAUGCAGGUUUCCAUGUGUAUAUCCUUAGCUGGAUGCGGAAUAGUAUAAGAUCUCCUAAUUUAAGAAGAACCCUGAAGGAUUAGGCCAAGGCCAGUCUAGUGCAGCAUUCUGUUCCCACAAUGACCACCCAGAUGCUCAUAGGAAGCCCUAAGCAGAACAUGAGCUCAGUAGCACAUCUCAGCCUUACAUUGGUGCAUGUGGUUCCUGGAUCAUGUCCAUGUAGCCUCAGUUUAGGCAAUUGGCAACCAUGGUCCCUAUAUAUUUUAGGAGCACAGAGUAGGAAGGGUGGAUUCAGUCCCCACAAUUCAUCUCUCCUCUGGAAACAAUUAUUGGUGCUAUUGAUUACAUGACUGGAACUGUGUGUGCACACACUUUGACGAAGGACAAUGCUUUUAUAUAUUAUUUGAAGAGUAGGCAUUUUUAAUUGGGAGCAUCAUAUUCUUAUUUUUUUUCCUCUUAAAGCAAUCCCCUUAAAGCAAUCACCAGGAGACCGUUCAAACAGACCAUUGACCUCAAUGCAACAAACUUCGAAGUUAAGCACACACUUUACUGCGUUCUUAGUUUAAGCCAGAACAUUGAAGUGUUGUCGCUUCAAUUCAUCCCCAUGCCACAGCCACCAUUUCCUUACUAUCCCUGCAACUAUUAUUUGCUCCUAAGUUUUUUUAAAAAAAAACUUUUAAAAAACAGCUAGAUGUUUACAGCACUAGAAUAGCAAGUGUAUGUGCAUCUUGCUACCUUUUCAAGUUACCUUUGCUACGACACACAUUUCAGGAAAAGAAAGGAAAAAGCAAACAGACACUUCAAUAAAAGGAUGAUAAGAUUUGAUUUUCACUCAGAAGAGUUUGAAGGGCCUGUGUUGUUUGUGACUCUACAAAACUGUCCCCCUCAAGCUGAAUGUGUGAACAUUGACUUUGCUCCAAGGAAGAGUUGUGGGACUAAAAUACUAUCUUUUAUCUGAGUAUAUAUUUAUAUUACGUGGAUGUAGGGUAUAUGCUUGAAAAGGAAGUUGAUUUUAUUAGAGGUGAUCUGCUACAUGCUUUUCAGGGAGACAGGCCUAGAGCUUUUAUACGUUUUACAGUAGAAAUCCUUUUAUGUUUGCUGUGUUUAUAUUUCUUACCUGAUUAACUGGGCUGGUGGUGUAGAGUCCCAUCAUGGCAUUCAUAUGUACAGUGGUACCUCUACUUACAGAUUUAAUGCGUUCCGAACACACAUUUGUAAGUCGAAAAAAUUUGUAAGUCGAAGCAACCCCAUCUAAAAAUUCGUUAAGUAGAAAAAAAUCCUAUCUAAACCGCAUCCAAGAUCGCGGACAGAGCUCCAUUCGUAAGUAGAAACAUUCGUAAGUAGAGUUAUUUGUAAGUAGAGGUACCACUGUAUAGCUGCAUGUUACAGAUAUCACCCCCUGGGUCAUUUUGGAUAAAAGAAACUUGAAUAACCCUAUGAAUCCCUACUCAGAAGUAGGAAUGGAAGAAUCUUCAGUUUCUCUUCUCUCAAUUCCUCCUUUCCCCAAAUUCAGUUCUCGGCAUUUCUGCAGCAAUUUACAACUGAGGUGUGUGUGGGGAGUCAUUAGAAUUGAUCAGCAUUUUGCUUUGAAUUUCUCUGCAUAAACACAUUUUUGAACACAGUUUUGACUAAUGAACACACUUUUACAAGCAAUUGUUUUAAAACAGUGCAUUUGUGUAUGUUAUUUCCAUUAAUAUUUUCUUUGUCAACAUUGUUUGGGGGAACUACGUCACAAACCAUGGAGAAGUGUGAAUUUUAAAGGAAGGCUGUGUUUUGGUUCUCAUACUGUUUCAAAAAGUAUGGAUGUGAUACAUUUUGCUGUUAUAUGUGAACUGAAUUGAAUUUCUCCCCAUCCCUACUCGGAAGUAAGCCCCAUUCCACAUUCAGUGGGACCUCUCUUCCAGGUAAAUAUGUAGAUAAUUGACUCCCGAGUUUUUAACUUCAGUGCCUUGAUCCUUGUCUAACAUGCAACUGCAUCUUCAGACAUGUUAAUCUUUAGGGUGGCAUCAGUGCCUUUGUCACAUCAGCAGACAUUUCUCCAUUCCCCACCUUCAUCUCAGAUCUAUUUGAAAGCAACCAACCAACAUACCUUAUGCUAGGGAAAGGGGUAAUAUGGUCUUGUUGCAGAUGUUCAGGUGUGUGUGUGUGUGUGUGUGUGUGUGUACGUACACAGAAGUAAACCAGGAAAGCAGCUGCAUUAAUUCAUGCCAGUACAUGUAGAUCAUGGGGAGUUGCUUUAUAUACAAACUCAGGACAUGGUUUGAUCCUGCCCAGGAUUAUCUACACUGAUUGACUGGCUCACCAAGAUUUCAGGCAGAAGUAUUUGCCCUUCUUGGACACAGUCUAUAGCAGUGGUGGCGAACCUAUGGCACGUGUGCCACAAUGGGCACUCAGAGCCCUCUCUGUGGGCAUGUGCACCAUCAGUAAAUCCGCGCCAUUGCUAGGGGUUGGCAAAGCGGGCAGCCAUCCCAGGAAACUCUCACUAGAGUUCCUCGGCUCCCCAUGCCACUGUGAACCGGAAACGAGUUAUUUUUUGCUUGUGCGAGCCAGAGAUUGUCUGCAGUGAUUGGGCAGGAGAUUAUUGCCCGUUGUCGAUCGGCUUCCUCUGGUUUAGUUUGGUGGCUGCCUCUCAGCAUUCUCCCCAAAAAAGCUCAACAAAUCUGGACAUCCCCCCAAUGCUAAACAACUCAUGGCAACCCCCCCCCCAAAAAGCUCCACAACUCUUGGCAUUCCCCCCCCAAUGAAAGUUCAACAAAAGUGUGCAACCCCCUCCCCCCAAAAAAACUCAACAAUUCAGGGUACUUUGUGUUGGCACUUUGUGAGAAUUAAGUGGGUUUUGGGUUGCAGUUUAGGCACUCGGUUUCUAAAAAGGUUUGUAGCUCAAUCCCUAUAGACCACUGGUCUAUAGGGAUUGAACCAUGAACCUCUCACAUGCACUUGGUGUGUGCUUUCCCACUAACCAACUGACCCACACAUCAACACACCACUGAGAGUGCUUCAUUUUGGAAACAUUCUUGAAGCUUUUUGAUGAUCUUGUUCUUUGGCCCAUUUGCCACAAAAUUCAAAUUUGUACCUGCAACAAUGAAUAAUAGCAAGUCUCCUUUAAAAAAGCACAAAAUGGACAUUCUCAAAAUUCUAACAACAGCCUAAAGGCAACUCUGAUUCCCAAAGAAACCUCCACAUACAGGAGGAUAUAGAUUGCCCGUCAGCACUAGAUUAUCAUUUUCAUUCUAGACUUGACACAGUUUUCGCGGCAAAUGUCUGUUUCACAUCAACCCAGGCAGCACAGGUGCCUUUUAAAAUGAAAUUGGACUAACACCAUCAAGAGGGCAACACUGAUGAACACUUCUGCUUUCAAUGUACUGCACUCUCUUGUGAACAAAAUAACGCUUCUUAUGCCAUGAAAUCAGUUUAAGCAAAGGGUGUUGACGUUAUAACUGAAAACCAAGUUAAAUACUCUAGAAAGGUUAAUGGGAACAGUGAACAGAACUUUACCCAGAGGCAAUGCAAUGAAAGUAUGUUAAAAUAUAUACCUGGUUAUUAUCAGUUUCCAAAAGACAUCUUUUUUGUACUUUAGCUGUUGAGGAAUAAAUGCUGGUGUUUAUUACAGUCAGAAAAUCCAGCGUGAUUGAGUACUCUUUUUUCAAGAUACAGAUUAUUAACUGGAUUAAUGUACCACUCACACAAAUGGCAAUGUGACUGGCUUAAUCAUCAUCAUCAUCAUCCAGUUGCAAGGGCCCUAACCUGAUCAAGACUCUGGUGUGGGAGGCAGGUAGUUUUAACCCUUUGACUCCACUCUCCUACAACAGUCCCUGUCUGUACAGAGGACCCCACAAGUGCAAUUUCCAUCGAGGAGAAAACUUCCAUUUGACUGCAAUAGGAACUCAAAAUGUACAACUCAAAAUUGCAGGCACAGCCCCCCCCCCAAUUCUAGAUCAGGACUGCAGGGGACAAAAGGUUAACCCCUCUCUACCCCUCCCCACUGCCACCGUUGCCAGGGUCCCAGUCCAGAUCAGAGCUCCCACACUUGCAAUUGAUUUCUAGUCAGGUUUGGCCCUGAGCCUGUGAAUGGGUGCCUCCUGCUCUUUGCAGUCUUGCAGCUUUGCCUCUUGUGCAUCUGUUGCUCCAAUAGUACACAUUUAGAUUAUUUUCUCAAUAUGACCUGCAAUGAGCCAAGUGUAUGUGUUUUCUAUUCAGCAACUGAUGACUCAUUUCAAACAGCACUACAUGUAUUAGUGGGAGGAAACCCCUUCUAAAAUCCACAACAUGGAACCGCUUCUUUUUUCCUCCUUCCUUCCUUCCUUCCUUCCUUCCUUGUUCCUGAAACCCAUAAAUGCUUUCACCGAAGUAGCCGCAUGCAGGAUUGCCAGAUUAUAUGAACCACUCCUUCUCCUAGUCCUUGAACUGCUAUUAUUUCUCAGAGCAUAAGGAGGCAACAUCUCGCUAUCUGAUCAAGGACUAGUAUUGUUGGGAAUACAAAACAACCAACACAUGAUUCAUACCAUCUAAGCCAGGGGUCCCCAGACUUACUGGCGUUUGGGCCGGUUCCCACAGCGCCAAUCAUGCGGCGGG